AUGCACCAGACAUUAGAUGAAAUACUGGAAGUGUGCGAACGCGCACUUGGUGAAGAGAAACCUGAUACUAAAGAGUAUUGCGCGCUACAAAGUGUUGUAAAUAGCAUAAGGGAGCAUCUUCAGAGGGCUAAAAGUAGUAAGUUGGCCUCUGAGCUUGUCGUAAAGGAUGAGUAUUACUACGACACCGGUGCUGUAUCUACUUCUCUUAAUGAAGAGGUUGUUCAAAUUGGUAAUGCUUUCGUUGUUUCUGCUGAAGACAAAGGCUCAAGGGAUUACCGUAUGAAAAGAUAUUUAGAGGAUGGCGUGCCGCCGCUCGACCCGAGGUUGCAGUAUCUGUCUAAUGAAGAAGCCCUCAAUAGGCUUAGUUUUGCGUGUAGUAUUGCCCUUACCCGUGACGUGGGGCAUAAUGGUAGUGGUUCACCUAAAUAUACCACUAAAACCCUUGUGAAUGCACUUGAGCUCGCAGCAGUGGUACUGAACUCUGGAGCACUUCCUUGCCGACUUGAGUGUGUUCCUCCAACCUUUAGCAUUUCAAGUAGCACGACAAACAAACUUUUCUCCAAGAUACUUCGAAGUAAAACAUCUGGAGCCGCAUCGAAACAUGGUUCCUCCAGUAAUAUGGUUCGUGGGGAAGGUUCUGCUUCAACGGACGAACUUGCAUCGCCUCUCAAUCCUCUUCCACGAAAGAUUAACAUUCGCGAAUCGCUUGUUGAUGCAGUAAUUGGUUGUGGCGAUAUAGUUCAGUCCAAAGAAUCCAAUGAAAAGCUUUGCUUUAUUUUUAUUGCGUCGCUUGUGGCUGCAGCUGUGCCUUGCAUGUGCCGUGAAAGUAGCCAACUGUUAUGCACAGUUGAUAUUAGGUACCAUACUCUUGAGCUGCAUGGCAUGCGCCUCCUUAGAGUAAUCCAGCUACUUUUUUCAAUAUUUUCCUUUUCCAACAUCUCAUCGAUACUGAUCGAAGAAGUAAAAAAGGCAUUGAAUCAAGUUGUAAAGGCUAUCUUUAAGCAUGCUGAGCUUGAGGUACGCUUGGCCGAGGAGGGCGGGACAUCACAUUUGUUGCACGUGGACCAGAAUGAACUUGAUAGCAAGAACAAUGGUAACAAUGACGAUGCUGUGCCUGGAGAAGAUUUGAUCCAAGUGCUGAAAUUUUGUUCAAGCAUAGCUCAGGUAGCUCCACUGACUUCCGGGGAUACGGAUGCUGAGGGUAAUAUUGUCUCUGAAGCAAUUCCUUCAUCUGUCGUGGGCCCACCCGCAGCAUCUUGUGAGACAAACAUGAUGGAUAAUAAUGCUUCUAAUAAAGUACUUGCGCCAUACCGUAACUACAUAGCUCUUACUACAGCUCUUAACUUUAUUCUACAUAUCAUAGUGAACGGUGGCUCCGUGUUUCGCAAGACAGGACCUGUGAUUUCUUGUGUUCGGCAAAACGUUAUUCCUGCUGUGGUGCGAACCUCACUUUCAAGUGAUAUUGAUAUUUUUCGUCUUUCCCUUAACGUUCUACUGCAGUGCUGUGUAACUUACGGACCGCAACUUGUUAAUGAAACUUCUACAAUAUUUCGGCACGUUUACUUUCGCGUGCUGGAAUCCAAGUUCACCUCGCUAAUGCACAAAUCCAUGGUAAUAGAAGUGUUUCAGCGCUAUAUCGAAGAGCCACAAAAUCUUCUGAACCUUUUCUUGAAUUACGAUUGUAACACCCGUUCCUACAGCAUCUACGAGGAAAUGAUCGUCUACCUCGAUGCACUUUCUCGACCUUUGCAUAAUCAUUUUGUGUUCGACAACUAUGACAAAGAUAAUUACUUUCAGAGCAUAGAGGCUUUUAAAAAGGCCAAGUUGUCCUAUGAGGUUCCAGAGUCGCUGCGGCGAAAAGCUUUGGCUACUUUGCUCCUCGUUGCAGGAUCCAAUGUUCAGUGGAUUGAUCGGUUUAAAACGACAGGACAGGGUAAAGACGACCGUAAAUGCGAACAGGUAGAAGCGAAGCCCCCUCGACGAACGUCGGCAUCCGUGACACUAGAGACGUUUGCACCUUUGAAUGUAGAGGAUGAUGAAGAUAGCAUAUCGGUGAAGUCUACCUCAGGUUUUGUGGUUAUCAAUGAGAGCGAUAUUAUUGAACAGGAAGUGAGGGGAAAAGAUGAAGGUUGCUAUGACAAAGCUGAGAGGGAUACUAAGCUACUUCCCAAAGACGACACAAAGACUGAGAAUACUAGCACCAGACAAAACGAGAUUUUUUUACAAGCCAAACGCUACAAGGACGCAAUUAAGGCUUUUUUUAUUUUGUUUAAUGAAAUGGCUAGCCCAGAAGUAGCUAUUGAUUAUUUAUGCAGUUCAAUCCUAGUGCCGAGCACGGAUAGAGAAAGUGAAGGGCUUGAUGCAAAAGAUGCUCUAUUGUUGGCAAUAGCAAGCAUAAAGAAAGCAACUAAUUCCCCAAAUAAUUAUACUCCAAAUACAUCUCCUGAAAAGAACAAUGCAGUGGCUCCUUCAAGAAGGCGAUUCUUUUUUUCUGAGGUCGUUAAUAAGGAGGAGGGGGAUGCCGCAGCGAAGGAAGCAGCUCGCAAAGUAGCUGUUUUUCUUUUUGAAAAUAGGGACUACCUGGAUAGACUCGUUCUCGGUGGUUACUUUGCUAAGUGCAUUCGAAGCAAGGCUUCGCGUCUCUUACUUGAUGAAUGGAUAAAACUCUACAACUUUCGUAACAUGGAGUUAGACGAGGCACUACGUUUGUUUCUCGGCGAAUUCAAGCUCUUGGGAGAGGCUCAGAUAGUGGAUAAGACGAUGGAGUUAUUCGCCGCUCACUACUGUCGGCAGAAUCCGGACCAAUUUUGUUCAGCGGAAUCGGCGUUUAUUCUCUCAUACUCCGUUUGCAUGCUCAAUACGGACGCGCAUAGUCCUCACAUAAAGGAUAAAAUGACAGAGGAGGGAUUUAUCAAAAAUAACAGAGGUAUUGAUGGCGGACGAGAUCUUGACCCUGUGCUUCUUAGUAAGAUUUAUGAACGCGUUACGCAAAGGGAGAUCGUUUUGCGGCCAACAAAGUCUUUCCGAAAAGGUUUAUCUUUGGAUGUAAGUGAGAGCAAUAAUACUGGAGGGGUUCAUACAGGAGGGUACUCUUUGGAUGGAAAACGUUUGGAGGGUAGCAUCUUGCAGUCCAUCCCGAUUCUCCGCCACCUUAGUCCUAUAGUGUCUGCCAUUACAGACAAGGUUUUGUUGCCCAUAGAUACUCUAGGUAACAAUCUAUUCGGUGUGGCUGACCGCAAGCGGAAGGAGAUGUAUCAAAAGGAGCUCCGCCAGGCUCUCAGGGACGUUAUAGAGGGGCUACAGUCCACAAAGAAUUUACCAAACUCGAUUUACGUGUCGGCUACCUCUAUUGAAAAUGCACUACCGAUGUGGGAAAUAUCUGUUGGAAUCAUUUGUCACCAGCUUAUUAACUCUUUGAUGCAGCUGCUCGAGGACUCAGAACGUCAAACCUUCUCAUCAAGCGGCCCUGCGAAUCGUACCCAGUCCAAGAGUAAAGCCAUUGAAACAGCCAUGCGAAACACCGCGGAUCACGAAUUUUUCGAAAUUCUUCUUCGAGGUGUUACUAACACUGUGAAUGUGUGUUGUUCCUUUGGAAAUGUCAAACAAUUGGAAUUGUUGCUGGAACACUGUUUUCAGAUGACCCAAUUGCAGCAAGCAAUUGUCAUUACGGCAAAAAAUCCAGUGCAAGCUGCCUUCCAGGUGACAAUUCGUGAAACUAUUUCGCCAACUCGUUUGGAGCUCCUGGCCUGUUUAUUAAAUCUGUUUAUUUCAAGUGGUGUAUCUUUUACUGCGCGAGCGUGGGAGACAGGUUACACUGCAAUUUCUCUGCUCGAUACUUUGGCGAAUGGGUUGGAGGGUAUGUGGAAGCGCCACAUCAAAUGCUUGUCGCCACCUGGGCCUGUCUUGUCGGAAUUUCCCAGAGGAGGUAUUGAUGACUCUUCCAGAUCAGCACACAGGUGUACCACGCCGGAGGACCUGUGGUUCGGACCUUUGGAAAAGGCUCCUUCAAGUAUCGAUCCCGACGCAAUAGAACGUCGCGGUUUCAUAUUAAGAACGAUUCGAUCGUUCCGCAUCAGUUCCGUCGAUCUAUGGCUUGAACGCCUUUUUGACAUUACCCAGUUUCCACCUAUGACCCAGCUUCAAAUGGCGAUUGGGCUCGUGAGGGUGUGCAAAAGUGAGCUACAACACGCUCGCACAUUUUCCCUCUCGAAACUUUUUGACUUUGUGACGGUCUGCGCCUCGUCCACUACACGGCUACAGUGGCGGGAGCUAUGGUCGAAUGCGAGUGAGGUCUUCGUACUGGCUGGAAGAAUGCAUAUGAAUAUUGCUAACUUGUCUCUAGACGGUCUGCGAAUCAUCGCCUUGACAUACUUGAUGAGAGAGGAACUUCUCAACUACUCUUUUCAGAAGGAGGUUCUCAUGCCUUUCGAGGAUAUUCUGAUGAACAAUCACGACCCAGUUAUCCGUAAGCGUGUUAUUACGAUUUUGUCAGAACUAAUUGAUCUUCUUGCGAAGCACCUGGCAAGCGGCUGGAACGUUGUGUUUUCAUGCCUAAGCCGUACCGCCGUUAUACCAGAGGUAACCGAGUCGGCUUGGGAAGUCUGCGAGAAUAUCAUAAGCAGACAUUUGAGCUUUGUCAAAGACUGCUUCAAUGAUCUCAUAUUUUGUCUUACCACCUUUUCUUGCGUCAGCAACACGAACGAAAAGAUACCUUUACGUGCUGUUUCUUACUUGGUAGCAUGCGGACAUUGGUUGCAGUACGGUCUUGAGUCCCCACCGAUUGGCUUCUGCGAAGCAGAGGAUGUAUUGCGCUGGGCGUUUCGCUUUCCUAACACUGACGGGGAGGCUGAGCUGCCGCAAAACCCUGCCAAACAUCUUGUCCGUGUUUCUCUCUCGCCGGAGCCUCUUAGUACCACGAACUUGCUUGAGAAACCAACUUCAUGUACGGGGAAGAGUAACUAUCACCUCUGGAUGUCAUUGUUUGAAGGUCUAAUACCGAUUGUGGUGAUGCAUGACUUAGUGCGUGUGAGAUGCCAUGCCAUCAGCUCCAUAUGGAUGCUGAUAAAGCAUUACGCUGUUUUUUUCUCCGAAGAAGUUCAGGAAUCCCUGUUCCGCGUCAUGCUACGCCCUAUACUUUCAACCCUUAUCGCGCAUGAGACAAAGCCAUGCAAAACUGUCCUGGACCAAGCUGACUAUCGCAUGUUGGUAUACCUUUCUCUGCACAAAAUGCUACAUGCAUGCAGUGGGCAUCGUUAUCUUCUCAAGUUGAGCUGCGACACCUUAUUGGAAUUGAUGAAAAAUGUCUCAUGGAAACGAGUGGAACUGCUGGAGAGCAAUCUUGCUGAUAUUUUCGUACGAGUGUGUUGUGACUUUCUAGCAGCAGUGUGCCUCCCCAAGCUUUCGGAAGGGCUCAUGCCAUCAGUAUCACUUCUAUUGAACAACCCGAUUGUGGCCUUCUCGGAUUCUGGUGCUCACCUUGGUAUCACCUCACGCGCUACCUUGGUGACGCACGCGCAAGAUUAUGUUGAAAGUUCCGAUAGUUGCCGAUUGACUAGUCCGUUUAUCUUAGGUCUCCUGCAUAAACUGCAGAAAAUUGGUACCGUUGAUAUUCUUCAGGGCAAGCGAACCGCCGCAUGGGCUGAGCUACAUGUGCCGUCGGCAGCAACAUCAUCUGGCAUCCUGCUCAGUCCAUCCAUGCAGACUGAUGCCUGUUUCGAACUUGUACGCGAGAUGUCCUUAAGCUGCUUAUAUCAGGGACUAAUACUUCCCCUUCGUAAGGCUGAGAAAGGUUACUGUGCACACGAUGAAGCUAACUGCUUCCUUCUCGCUCAAGCGGUGCGGCACGCUAUGCUUGGAAUGAGUUUUUACUGCAUUGUUACGAAAGAUAUGAAUGGGGUGCGGAAACUGCUCGACAUAGUGGAGUUGAGAUCUCCCGAGACAGAUGGGGUGUUGCCACUCGCGCAUCUUCUCGAUAUCCCAUAUCUGUUUUUACUGAUGGAGUUUAUUUUUGCGUAUCACACGAAUACUCCAGAAGGGCAACAUUUUCUGAGAAGUCAGUAUGUUUUUCUCACAAAUCAGCUUUCUCAGGCUCGACAAUAUUGUCUUGAGCAAGGAACUUCUCUGCAAGAAAAGUUUAAGCAGGAUGUGCCCGAGAGCAACUUGGAAUUGAAGACUUACAUUGGAAGUAACUUUAGCGAUUUAUUUCGUAGCGGUAGCAUGUUUAUCCCCACUCGACAGACAUACUAUCGCACUGAUGUUGGCCUAGAAACUCGGAAACGCAUUUAUUAUGAGUGGAAGUAUCUAUGCUGUGUCUUCGCUAUUCGUUGCAUGCUGACUCUACCAUAUACAUCUGUACUUGCGACGCAUAUUUCGUCGCCGUGCUUGCUGGAGUUAGUGGCUAAACUGCCAAGUUCCAUUGAGGAAAACACCAUGGUCGAUUUUCUGCAGAAUGCAUGGAAGGAACUGGACCUACACUGUGACAUACCAGAGGGAACAACACUUGAAGCUUGUACUAAACUACUUCAUAAUCGUAUGCAUGAGGUUUCUUAG